CGGUUGGCCCCUACAGCCUACAGGUUAGGACUGGCUCCGGAUGCCUAUAAAUACAAGGAGCUGUUUUCAUUCCCAUCCGGUGUAAGCACACAGUCCCUUCCUCAUCCCUACCACGCCACGCCACGCUUCCAGCUCUCGGAGCGCCAAGGCGAAGAAGCCGACUGCAGACAUGUUCUCGUCCAUGGCCGCGGCCGUGACGUCGUCGCUCGGCUCCCUCCCGCUCCCGAUCCUGGCGCCGCUCGUCGCCUCCGCGCUCGCGUUCCUCGUCACCGUCCUCCGCGUCCUGCUACGGAGGCCGCGGCCGGUGUACCUGCUCAACUACAGCUGCCACCUCCCGGACCCAGACCGUCAGUGCAACAUGGAGGUGUGCGAGUACUUCGGGCUCCGCUCCGGCCGCUACACGGACGAGACAGCCGACUUCAUGCGGCUCAUCUUCCGCAAGUCAGGGCUCGGGAUGGAGACCUUCGCGCCGCCCUUCAUCUUCUCGGGCAAGUUCGAGAAGACGCUGGCGUUCGCGAUCCAGGAGGCCGAGGAAGGGCUCUUCGCCGUGGUGUCCCAGCUCCUGGCGAAAUCCGACGUGUCCCCGCGGGACAUCGGCGUGCUCGUCGUCGCCUGCUCCAUGUACUCCCCUGCCCCGUCCCUGGCGUCCAUGAUCGUGCGCCGGUUCAGGAUGGACCCCGGGGUCAAGUCCUACAGCCUCGCCGGCAUGGGGUGCAGCGCGGGCACGGUCGGCAUCGACAUGGCGGCGCGCGCGCUCCGGGUGCGGGGAACGCCCGGGUACGCGCUGGUGGUGGUGACGGAGAACACGAGCCUCAACUGGUACUUUGGCAACAACAAGCACAUGCUGGUGACCAACUGCAUCUUCCGCGUGGGCAGCGCGGCCGCGCUCGUGACCGACGUGGCCGCGCGCCGGGGCGACGCCAAGUACGAGCUGCUGCGCACGCUGAGGACGCACCACGGCGCCGACGACGCGGCCUACAACGCGGCCGUGCAGAUGGAGGACGAGGACGGCGGCGUGGGCGUGGCGCUCACCAAGGACCUCGUGCGCGUGGCCGGCGCCGGGCUCAGGCAGCACAUCGCCACGCUCGCGCCCUACGUGCUCCCGGUCUCCGAGCUGCUCAGGUACGUGUACCGCGUGGCGUGGGCGUACAGCGGCGGGAACCCGAAGGCGGCGGCGGCGGUGGUGCCGGACUUCCAGCGGGCCUUCGAGCAUAUGUGCAUCCACUCUGGCGGCAAGGCGGUGAUCGACACGGUGGCGAAGCUGAUGGGGUUCGGCCCGGCCGUGGUGGAGCCGGCGCGCGCCACGCUGCACCGGUUCGGCAACACCUCCAGCAGCCUCGUGUUCUACGAGCUGGCCUACUUCGAGGCCAAGCGCCGCGUCCGCGCCGGCGACCGCGUCUGGAUGCUCGCCUUCGGGACGGGAUUCAAGGCCUGCAGCGCCGUCUGGCGCGCGCUCCGCGACGCCGGGCCCGACGCCGACAACCCAUGGAACGCCUGCGCGCACCGCUACCCCAUGGCCUUGCCCGUGCCGACCCCGCGCAAGCAACACCAACAGCAGCAGCCACAGCCGCAGCCGCAGCAGCUGUGAGCUAGCGUCUCAAUCGAUAUCCAUCAGCUGCCGAUGAAUAAAUUAAAUCAAACGUUGAUGUUAAUGAAUUCGGCCCAGAACUGAUGAUCUACCUAAGUCGAUGGAGGCAUAUAAUGUACUUUGUGCUACACCUUCCAGAUCGAAUACAGAGUAUCUGCAUCGAUCCAUUCA